AUGCUCGUCGUGUCGUCGUGUCGUCGUGUCGUCGUGUUCGCAGGGCCAGGCCAGGGAUGUGGCUUCUUUGUGCGUGUCAGGCCCUUCUUUUGCUGCAAUGGACGGGAUGAUGAAUGGCGGGCCCUUUUCCAAGCGUUUGUCGUCGUCCGUCCGCAAAAGCAGGAGAGCCCCGCAGCCCAAAGCUGGAUCUCGACUCCCUCCGCCUUCCAGUCGCAGCCAGGCUGUCGCGAUAAAGCUCGCCCUCCAAAGUCGCCGCGCGGCGCACCGCGGGGUUCUCUGGACACCGUUCUCCCGAUUCCAGGCCAGCGCAACCCAGCACGUGCCAGCAUGGAACCCAGAAGGCGCCCAGAGUACCAUCUCGAAAUCUUCGCGGAUGCGGCGCGCGUAGAAGAAGUCGUCAAAGCAUUCACCACAUGCUGUCUGACGUACUCCUUGCUCUCCCCCCGUCGGGCCCCUCACCCUCCUUCGCCCCACUACACAGUCGCCCAACACCGAUAUCUGUCGACCACAAGCCCUGACCGUGCCAUAGCCAUACUCCACACCAUCUUCUUUCACCGAUACUUCACCUCGAUUUCUCCCCUCACACGCGAUCUGCUCGACCUCACUCUCCCCGCCAUCGACGAUGUGGACCUCGAGACGCUCAUCGAGCAGAAGACGCAUGCUCUCCGUCGCGCCAUAGACAGCACCCACCAGCCCAGAGGACGGGGCCAGAUUGCGAUACAGUUCUUCGAGAAGAAGAGGAGAAAGACGUACUUCUUCGGCAAGGCAGACGAGGAUGUUUGUUGGGAGCAGUGGACGCUGGACGUGACGCUCGCACAGCCCAGGACGGAGACAGAUGUUCUCAAGGUCCGUCGCGCUAUGAGCAAGUCCGUGGAAAAGGCCGCCUACAAGAUCAUCUCCAUCGUCAACCGCGACAAAGACCACAUUCCACCCAUCACCACCACCGACGCCAACCCCUUCCCUUACCAGAUCAUCGUCAACCCCAAAGCGGCCACCGAGAACGACUGGCGGCCUCGCAUAGGGCUCUUCUAG